CACGCUCCUCCGGUCAACCCUCCCCGACACCACCGAACAGAAAUGGCCAAGACCGCGAUCGCUUACAAAGAGAAGAUGAAGGAGAUCUCAGUUCUCUCACUCAUCUGCUCUUGUCUGUACCCCGAGACCCGCAAAAACAUCAUGGGCGACUUUGAAGACAUGGACAUCAAGCCCAUUAACAAGCGAGCCUCAGGCCAGGCCUUUGAGGUCAUCCUGAAGCCGUCCUCCCCUGUGUCUGAUGUUGCCCACUGCAUCACAACACCCCCAAAGAGGGACCUCUCCCUGGAGGACAUCCAGAAGAAACUGGAUGCAGCUGAGGACCGGAGGAGAUCCCAGGAGGCGCAGGUGCUGCUGGCCCUGGCUGAGAAGCGGAAUCAUGAGCACAAAGUGCUGCUGAAGGCCAUGGAGGAGAACAGCAACUUCAGCCGCAUGGCCGAGGAGAAGCUCCAGAUGAAGAUGGAGCAAAAUGAGGAGAACCGGCUGGCUUACAUGGCCGCCAUGAUAGAGCGCCUGCAGGAGAGGGAGAGGCAUGCUCAGGAGGUGCGCAGGAACAAGGAGUUGAGAGAAGAAGUGACAGCGUGAGAAGCCCCAACAACUUCUACAUCCCACCCCCAAACCCCCCCACCACCACCCC